AAUCCAAACCAUUUCCCCCAAAACACAACUCGAAGAACUCCAUUCCACAGAGUACGCAGCUCCAGAAGAAGAAGAAGUAGCAGCUGCAAUCACCUUCAGCACCGCCGCUACGCCGUCUCCCUCCCCGUGCUCCCAUUCUCGUUCUUGAUUCUUCUUAUUUACUUCUCCUAGUUGUUUCCAUCUUCUUCUUCAGCUGGGGGAUUCAGAAUGUCUGGGCGGAGGAAGAAGUUUAGUAAUUGUAAAAUCCCUAAUAUCAAUGAAGCUACACGUAUUCGUAUCACUCAAGCUCUUGAAGAUUUCACUAACUCUGAUGAUUCUCCAGUACUUACAUUCGAUGCUGGUAUGACGAAUUUCGAAAGGGCGGAAGUUCAUAAAUUAUGUAGGAAAUAUGGGUUAAAAUCUAAAAGUUCAGGGGUUGCGGAAACUCGGCAAGUAUCGGUGUAUAAACCGACGGGUGGGAAGGAUGGAAUGUUUAGGAAGAAGGGAAAGAAAAACAUUAACUUGGAAUUUUCGGAUGAGUCGAAAGCUUAUUUAAGGGAUUUGUUUUCAAGAUAUCCUCCUAAAGAAGAUGAAUUGAACUCUGUUCAACCUAAGAAGCAUAAUGCAAUUGCUGAUAAUAGAUUUAGGAAGAAUGACGAUUCUUUGUGUAGACCGUGUAUGGAUAAAGCUAAAUUUGAAGAGAAGGUGAAAGCAGCUUUUGAAUUGAAAAACCAUCCGAAACAUAAGCAGAUACAGGAAGCGAGGUCUAAACUUCCAAUUGCGGUUUUCCAGGAUAGCAUUAUGUCUACUGUAGAGUCUAACCAGGUAGUGCUCAUAUCCGGUGAGACAGGGUGCGGAAAAACCACACAGGUCCCGCAAUAUUUAUUGGACUACAUGUGGGGUAAGGGCGAGCAGUGUAAAAUUCUGUGUACUCAACCUCGACGUAUAUCAGCCAUAUCAGUUGCUGAGAGAAUCUCUUGGGAAAGAGGAGAAAAUGUAGGGGAGACUGCUGGUUACAAGAUACGGAUGGAGACUAAAGGAGGGAAGAAUUCAUCUGUUAUGUUUUGCACAAACGGCAUUCUUUUGAGGGUGCUGGUUGAGAGAGGUAACGGUACCGGAGCUAAGGAUGAAAAUUGGAAGAGUAGGGUUUCCGAAUUUACUCACAUUGUUGUGGAUGAAAUACAUGAAAGGGAUCACCAUUCUGAUUUUAUUCUGACGAUUCUAAGAGACUUGCUCCCUUCUUGUCCUAACUUGCGCCUGAUACUUAUGAGUGCAACCCUUGAUGCUGAGCGGUUUUCACAGUAUUUUGGUGGCUGCCCAGUCGUCCGAGUACCUGGUUUUACAUAUCCAGUCAGAACUUUCUAUUUGGAGGAUGUUCUUUCUAUAAUAAAACCAGUGGAGGGGAAUCAUCUUGAUCCUGGUUCAACAGCUGGAGGCAUGCGAGAUUCUGAGGUACGAGAGGAUCAUAAAGCUGCACUUGAUGAAGCAAUUGAUUUGGCAUGGUCUAGUGAUGAGUUUGAUCCUCUCCUAGAACUACUGCUUUCUACUGAGGCUACUCCGAGAGUGUAUAAUUAUCAACACACUUUGACUGGAGCCUCACCAUUAAUGGUUUUUGCUGGGAAAGGUAGAACUAGUGAUGUUUGCACGCUCCUCUCAUUUGGUGUGGAUUGCAAUCUACGCGCCAAAGAUGGAACUACAGCUUUGGAAUGGGCCGAGAGGGCAAACCAGGUUGAAGUUGCUGAAAUAAUCAAGCAACAUAUGAGUAAUGUCCUUGCAAAAUCAGCAGAAGAACAGGAGUUGCUUGAGAAGUAUUAUUCCAGUAUCAAUCCAGAUUUUGUCGACAUUGUUCUUGUGCAGCGUUUGUUAAAGAAAAUUUGUUCUGAUUCUGAAGAAGGUGCUAUCCUUGUAUUUGUUCCAGGAUGGGAUGAUAUCAAUAAAAUUCGAGCCGACUUACUUUCUUCUCCAUUUUUCAAGGAUAGUUCUAAAUUUAUAAUAUUAUCACUUCACUCUAUGAUUCCAUCUUCUGAACAGAAGAAGGUUUUCCAGCAUCCACCUAAAGGUUCACGCAAGAUUAUUCUCUCGACCAACAUUGCUGAGACUGCUAUUACAAUUGACGAUGUAGUUUAUGUUAUAGACAGUGGCAGGAUGAAAGAGAAAAAUUAUGAUCCUUACAAUAAUGUUUCUACACUCCAGUCCUCGUGGGUUUCGAAGGCUAGUGCCAGGCAGCGGGAAGGGCGUGCUGGGCGUUGCCGUCCAGGUAUUUGUUACCAUCUCUACUCAAGUACUCGAGCCUCAUCUUUGAUAGAGUUCCAAGUUCCAGAAAUCAAACGGAUGCCAAUUGAGGAGCUCUGUUUGAAGGUGAAGAUGAUCGAUCCAAAUUGCAGUAUAGCAGACUUCUUACAGAAGACUUUGGACCCUCCAGUUUAUGAGAGCGUACGCAAUGCAAUUGUGGCUCUUCAACAAAUUGGAGCCUUGACAGCUGAUGAAAAUCUAACCGACCUUGGGCAAAAAUUCGGUUCUCUGCCAGUGCAUCCAACAACGAGCAGGAUGCUGUUCUUUGCCAUAUUGAUGAGCUGCCUUGAUCCAGCUCUGACUCUGGCAUGUGCGACUGAAUACAGGGAUCCAUUUGUUCUGCCAAUAGACCCUUUUGAAAAGCAGAAAGCGUUGGAAGCUAAAGCAAAGUUUUCAUCUUUAUAUGGCGGGGUAAGUGAUCACCUGAUGACCGUUGCAGCCUAUGAGUGUUGGGAACAUGCAAGAAACAUGGGUCAAGAACGUCAAUUCUGUUCUCAGUAUUAUAUCUCCUCAAACACCAUGAAUAUGCUGUCUAACUUGCGUAAGCAGCUUAUCAAGGAGCUGAUACAGAAUGGGUUUAUUUCAGAGGAUAUAUCUAUAUAUAGCCAGAAUGCGCGUGAGCCAGGUGUACUCCAUGCAGUUCUUGUGGCAGCGAUGUAUCCUAUGGUUGGAAAACUAAUCCGACAAACUAGAGGUGGAACUAAAACUAGGGCGGUAACUGCAAGUGGUAAUAACUUUUCAUUGCUCACUCAUCCUUAUAAUAUCAAAUCACUCAACAAGCAGAAGUCUCAAAUACUGCUCGUAUAUGAUGAUAUUACCCGUGGUGAUCGAGGUAUGUAUGUAAGGGACUGUACUGUUGUGGGUCCAUACCCAUUGUUGUUACUUGGAACAGAGAUGGUUGUUGCACCUUCAACAGCUGAUAGUUACGAAGAUGAUGAGGAUAGUAGUGAAGAAGAAGACAACAGUGGCGCAUCUGGAAGUGAUGAGGAGACGAACGUUAGAGUUGCACAAAAACGUGCUGAGCGGAUCAUGGCCUCCCCUGAAAAUGCUGUCUCUGUUGUUAUUGACCGUUGGCUUACUUUUGAGUCCACAGCAAUUGAUGUUGCUCAGAUUUACUGCUUGAGGGAGCGAUUGAAGGCAGCAAUCCUUUUUAAAGUCAAAUACCCACAAAAAGAUCUUCCUCCAGAUCUCAAGACAUCUGUUGAUGCAAUAGCUUCCAUCCUUUCUCAUGACGGCUUAACAGGGAUUCCUGAAGCCUUGAGAGGUCCCAUUAAGUCGUCUAAUCCAGAGGAAGGUCAACCAGACGAUAGCAGCAGUUCCUCAGACAAUUAUCUGAAAUUUCUGUGGAACUAUAGUAUUGAUUCCCACAAUCAAAGCCAGUUAUUUCAAGGUGGUGAUAGUGGUGGACGAGGUAGACAUGGUUUCUUCGCAAAUAGUCGUGGACGAGGUAGAAGGGGUGGUUCCUUUACUAAUGGUCGUGGACGCGGUAGACAGGGUUUCGUUGCUAAUAAUAAAUUUGCUCUUAAACGACAUGGUGGUGGUGGUGGUGGUGCUGCUGCUGAUGGCGGGGCUCGUCAAGAAAAAUGAAAAAGCCACUUCAACGUGUUUUGAUGCCACGGCCUAAGCAAGUUCGAUGCAGCUAAGCUAAGCCAAUUAUGACGCACCCAGUUUAUUUUGUUCUUAAGGUUUAGGUUUUUAUUGAUCAAGAAAAAAGAAGAUAUUACAAAUACACCUGGACCCAAGAAACCAGGUAAACUACAACAGCCUCUGUAUAAUUGCUAGCAAUCACUUCUCCCCAGUUAGUAACUAAUGUAAGAGUCCUGAACCAUUUUGCCAGUGAGCUCCACUGACUAAUGAAUCUUUUCACCUGGAUGAUGAGAUUCUGUUUAUCCAUCUCUCUUUUCACUCUGUUGUUUUUUUAACCUGAAGUGAUCUCAGGUCACUGAUAUCA